GGAAUUAAUUUCUAUUUGGAAUAAUAUUGAUAUUGGUAUGCACUUUGACAUUUGACUGUCAAAUGAAUUAUUAUAUGCUCAUUUGCAUACUAUUUUUUACGGAUUUAUUGAUAUUUUUUAACUCAAUUUGGUAAGUUAAAAUUAUAUAUUUUCCGAGGAUGCUCGUUAACCUCAAUAAGGGCAUAUUCAUCUCUACAAUUUUUCUUGGAUUUCUUCGACGAUACUCGGUUGUGGCAACUAAAGACAUGUCUGGUGAAAUUUCAGCAGUGAACAGAACCUCUUAUGUCGGUGGUGAACACUCUGUGGCCUACGUAACUGCUCCGAAUGAAGAAGUUGCUAAAAAAAUUGCUCAUGGACUUGUUGAGAAAAAACUAGCUGCGUGCGUUAAUAUAGUCCCAAAAAUUACUUCAAUAUACGAAUGGGAAGGAAAAAUCAAUGAAGACUCUGAAGUACUGAUGAUGAUCAAGACUAGAACCAACAAAGUCAAUGAUCUGACAGAUUUCGUAAAGGCACACCAUCCGUAUACAGUUUGCGAAGUCAUAUCUGUUCCUAUUCAGAAUGGCAACAGUGACUAUUUGAAAUGGAUUAAUGAUGUUGUUCCAAGUCAGUAAUCUCAGUGAAACAGUUUAGUAUAAGUUCAUAUUAUUUAAGUGCCGUAUGCCAAGAUAAUGGAUUUACUUUUCGAAUAAAUAAGUAGUCUUUCGAGAAA